UUUUUUAUACAUUUAUACACACAUUAUACAUUUAUCCAAGCUGAUUCAAGCUCCUUUCUAAAGCUUCCUGAUACUUUAGAAGCUCACUGAUCCUGGUAAUUUGUGGAAAGUCUGUCUUCCUGAUAUUUUAACCCUUCUAUUCUAAGGUAUCCUGAUACUCCGAUUCGAAAAUUACAGUAUUGUGCUUGAACAUGGGCUUAAGGACCUGUUGAUUAAGUAAAAACUUGUUGUUAAAGGUAUAAGACCCUGAUGCCUUGUGGCACUCCAGGGUUGGAUCUCAGCUACCUUCCGUGGUAUCCAAUUGGUUUUUUGAUCUGUUUUCUAUGCGAGGUGGUCGAAUGGAGAGGGAACGUUCGUUUUUGAUGGUAGCCAGCAGGUUGGCCCCUCGUCAUCCUUCCUCUUCUGGAUCGUGGUGGUGGAAGAGUCGGAAAGUGGAGGAAGUGAGUGGGGCAGGCGUGUCACGCUUCUUUUGCCGUUUCACGGUUCAGCGACGGCCGUUCUAGUGUCGGAGUCGUCUAGUGCGCGGAUCGACGAGGGCUUCAUCCGCGGAAGGACUUCGUUCUCUUUACCCCUGUGCUUUGUGCCCGCGCUUGAGGGCUUUCCAGAGGAAGAUGAAGUGGAACUCCCGAAAUUAGCCUUAGAAGGCGGGAAGAGGAAUAGAGUCGAAAAGGACGAGAGGUAUGCCCGAGAUGUGGGAAAUGCAGCAGCGUCGUUAUUCGAUCGCUGGUGAGGAGCGUCUCCCUCCUCCAUCCCGCGGGAUGGUACCCUCGACCUCCGAGGACCUCCACGCCUGGUCGAUCUACAGGCAGAACCUCAACUCGGAUUUCACAGACUCGGCACUCGGCUCGAGCGAGAAGUCGCCACUGCCUUACGGCAAUUUCCAACUACGGGAGUCGACCGUCCAGUCGAUCCUCAGCCACCCUCGCUAUGGGCCCAAGUCACCCCUGGGGGCCAACAUGUACACCUACUUGAAAUUCGGCCUGCCUAGGGUCUUCCCGCCCAACCAAGGACCCGGAGGCACCUCGAGCGGUUACAACUCAUCUGAGGAAGACCUGAGAGGCAGGAGGAACAGAUCCAGAAGCGAGGCGGACUUCGCCAACUUACACUACCAUCCCGUGCAAACGUUAGGCGGUGGAAAGAGCUUGUCGCACGCAGACCUGCUCAGCGCUGAGACAUUACUGAGGCAGUCGGCCGCACAACAUAGAAGGUCGUUACAUGAUCUGAGGCAUACCGACUACCUCCACCACGCUCUCAUGAGGCAACCGCAGCCCGGCCGCCAUCAGGGCCAAAUGUCAGGGAGGAUGAGACGUAUGUCAGCUGUACAGAGCGGUGUGCCAUCACCUGAGCCGUUCUCAUUCUCCAUGCUACACCCUCAGCAGUACACCGGACUUUACCCUCACUUACAAGUUAGGAAUUUAAACGUGCGUAACAGGAAAGGCGAGCCAAUGAUUAAUAAUUUGUCGACGGAAGUGAAAGCCGGGGAGAUUUUGUCUGUGAUGGCGACUAGUUGUGAUGUGGGUACGUGUAUGCUGGAGUGCUUGGCCGGAAGGCAUUCUUACUCGGGCCAGGUGAGCGUGAACGGGCAGAUAGUGUCACCUAAGGAUCUGAGGGGUAUCACGGCUCUCGUGGAUAAGGAUACGGUCCUCCACGGUGAUUUCACGGUGUCAGGGUGUCUCAGGUACUACGCGAGUCUUAGAAGGCCUCAAGGCGCGAGGGGUAAGCUUUCCAUGGCGGACCAGGUGGCGAUAGUGACCGACGAGUUAGGCCUCUGUCCAGUCCUGGACACGAUGGUCUCGAAGCUCACCCAUUCCGAGUAUUCGAGGCUUCUAGUGGCUCUCCAGCUCCUCUCGGACCCUCAGAUACUCCUCGUCGACGACGUGACCAACCCUAUGGACAUAUUCGACACGUUCUUCCUGGUCGAGUUCCUCCGGUACUGGGCAGCGGGGGCGACCGGAGGGGUGGCGGGUCGCGUGGUCGUCAUGUGCCUCCAGCCUCCGACGUACGAGAUACUCACGAUGGUCACCCGGUUGCUUAUACUCUCGGGGUGCGACACGAUGUACGACGGACCGUCUAGGUCUCUCGGGCACUACUUCACGCCCGUUCAGUGUCCGGCACCGGCGUACAAGAACCCGGCGGACUACUACCUCGACCUGGUCACCCUAGACGAUCUCUCGGCAGAAGCGAUGCUGGAAUCGAGCCAGAGGGUCGACCAGCUGGCCGGAUUGUACAGAAGAAGACAGACACCACUCUCAGACCCAGCGCCCUACACCCUACCCGCGCCUUUCAAAAGGCCCGGCAUAUUUGCUCAAGCUUUCACCCUACUUCUAAAGGACGCGUUCUUCUCACAACCGGUAAGUUUUACAAGAUGGAUCGUACGCGUCAUCAUAGCAGCACUAGUGUCCGUCAUAGUCGGCGGCAUAUUCUGGGAUAUACCCACAUCCGAUCCCCAACUACGACGAGAAGAAAGACUGGGAUACCACUUCACCGUUCUUUGCGUCAUGUCCUGGCCGCUCGUACUCAUCCUGGGACUGUCCAGGACCCACGAUAAGGAGCGUCAGGCCGUCGAGAGCGACAUCCACCAGGGUCUGUAUUCGAGACUGCUCUACAUAAUUCUGACAUUCAUUUACAGCUGCAUUCCUUGCUCUUUGGUGUGGUUGGCGUACCUCAUACCGUCCUACUGCAUGUCCGGGCUCUACGACCAGGGAUUCAUGGACAACUUGGUCAAUUAUUUGUGUGAGAGCGUUCUGUGCCUACUGAGCCUUCAGUACCUGUGUACACUUGUCGGCUAUGUGUGCCCGAGCCGGGUCUGGUCCGCGGUCGUUUACACCAUGAUCCACUCAGCUAUGUCCGGGUUUUCCGGAUUCACCCUCGACCUCCGCGGUGCCGUCGUCGACCCAGGUCGGUACACGCCCGUCUCGGCCGCCUACUCCGCCCUCCUCGCCCAGGAUCACGACCCCGUCCUCCUCAAGGAGCUCACGUCCCACAUGGUCUGCAGGAAGACCCAGGUCCAAAGGCAGGACAUCAUCGUACACCUCCCGUGCCCGGUACCGAACGGGACGGCCGCCCUGGCCUACAGGGGCAUCUCGGCUGGUCGGCACGGGGGGAUGGCGGUCUCCGCGUCCUGGAUGGGCGUGACCCUCCUACUCGCCCUAUUGGUCUUCCUCGUCUCUCCACUCCUCUACGAUCACAGGAAGAAGCUGAGGAGGAGGUGAGUCACGGCCCAACACCAAACCUAAAACUAGUCAGCCUUGCGCCACCUCAAAGGAAGCAGGGAUACAUCAACCAUCUGAAUCCAAAAAAAUUCACGCU